AUGAUAAGUGUUUGCAGUUGGUCCUAUGUGGCAAUUUCAAUUAUACUGGUAUUAGCUCUGUCCGUUUACCUGUGCUAUGAUGGACGUCGUACAUCACAACGACACUAUCUUGAUGAAGUGGAUUCAAAUUUGCAGAGCAUCAAGGUAUCAGAUUUCAUCAAACUAUUUACAUGA